GCUGGGAUUAGAGGCCUGAGCCACUGCACCUGGUGAAAACCAAUCUUAUAAACUAAGCUUACAACAUCAAGCUUAGUUCUUAACAAGUGCUUACUAAGUCUUUACUAAGGUUGUUGUUUUACCUCAGAAGAGGAAAGACUUCUGGUUGUAUGGGUUAAGGUAUGGCCCAAAUGACCCUGUGAGGACACAGGACAGAGGUCCAGUGUCUCCAGAGCCCAUUCCUUCUGUGCCUCUGCCGCCUGCAGCUGAUAAACCUCUUAUCUGGCCCAGGCAGGGAAGCCCAGGGCCAGGAUAGGAGGAGAGGGCAGAGCUGCUAUCAGCCACCAGGCCUGGGCCAUAUCUUCGAGAGGGGGAGGGGCUGUCUGCUUGGCUCUUUCCACAACAUGCUCUUGGGGAUCCUGAAGCAUAUACUGUCAUCAUCUUGGAAAGAAAAGGCUGAAAACUUAAAACUGAGGACAGAGGAGGAAAGCAGGGUGACCCCUGAUGUUGCCCUAGAAAAUGAAAAACAAAAUACAGGAAAACAGAGAAACAGAAGAUCUGACUCUGCCCUUAGCCAGGAAAACAGUUUGAGGGAGUGAAAAGUAGGGGAAAGAGUGGGCAUUUUGCCUGGAAAAAAGGUUUCCAGAGCCAUCUGGGCUUUCCAGGAACCUGGACCAGACUCUGGCCCAGUAGGAUGUCCCCGUGUCCUCCCCAGCAGAGCAGGAACAGGGUGAUACAGCUGUCCACUUCAGAGCUAGGAGAGAUGGAACUGACUUGGCAAGAGAUCAUGUCCAUCACUGAGCUGCAGGGUCUAAAUGCUCCAAGUGAGCCAUCGUUUGAGCCCCAAGCCCCAGCCUCAUACCUUGGACCUCCACCACACACAACUUACUGCCCCUGCUCAAUCCACCCAGAUGCUGGCUUCCCACUUCCUCCACCACCUUAUGAGCUCCCAGCAUCUACAUCCCAUGUCCCAGACGCCCCAUACUCCUAUGGCAACAUGACCAUACCAGUCUCCAAGCCACUGAGCCUCUCAGGCCUGCUCAGUGAGCCACUCCAAGACCCCUUAGCUCUCCUGGACAUUGGGCUGCCAGUGGGGCCACCUAAGCCCCAAGAAGACCCAGAAUCCGACUCAGGAUUAUCCCUCAACUAUAGUGAUGCUGAAUCUCUUGAGCUGGAGGGGACAGAGGCUGGUCGGCGGCGCAGCGAGUAUGUGGAGAUGUACCCGGUGGAGUACCCCUACUCACUCAUGCCCAACUCCUUGGCCCACUCCAACUAUACCUUGCCAGCUGCUGAGACCCCCUUGGCCUUAGAGCCCGCCUCAGGCCCUGUGCGGGCUAAGCCCACUGCACGGGGGGAGGCAGGGAGUCGGGAUGAACGUCGGGCCUUGGCCAUGAAGAUUCCUUUUCCUACGGACAAGAUCGUCAACUUGCCGGUAGAUGAUUUUAAUGAGCUAUUGGCGAGGUACCCGCUGACAGAGAGCCAGCUGGCGCUAGUCCGGGACAUCCGACGACGGGGCAAAAACAAGGUGGCAGCCCAGAACUGCCGCAAGAGGAAGCUGGAAACCAUCGUGCAGCUCGAGCGGGAGCUGGAGCGGCUGAGCAAUGAACGGGAGCGGCUUCUCAGGGCCCGCGGGGAGGCAGACCGGACCCUGGAGGUCAUGCGCCAACAGCUGACAGAGCUGUAUCGUGACAUUUUCCAGCACCUUCGGGAUGAAUCAGGCAACAGCUACUCUCCUGAAGAGUACGCGCUGCAACAGGCUGCCGAUGGGACCAUCUUCCUGGUGCCCCGGGGGACCAAGAUGGAGGCCACAGACUGAGCUGGCCUAGAGGGGUGGAACUGGUGAUGGGAUUUCCUUCAUUCCCUUCUGAUAAAGGUACUCCCCAACCCUGAGACCCAGAAGGAGCUGAGUUCUCUAGACCAGAAGAGGAUGACAAUGGGAACGGGUGUUUGGAAGUUCCAAGGUGUGUUCAAAGAGGCUUGCCUUGACGAAGGGCUAGCAUCUGUCUUCCCUGACUCAGCUUCUCAGGUCUUCAGCCUCCACCUCGUCUAAGCUUUGGUCUAUAAAGUGCGCUACAGAAAUAGC